AUGACACAUAAGACCAAAACAUGGUUGGGUCCUCAGACUCCUCUCCUUGAAUAAUUGAGUUACCCCUUCCACAAUCUGCAGAUGAACUCAAUCCUAAUAUAUAUAUCCCCUACAAACCCCACAUAGUUCCUCCCUCUUUUUUGGUUUUCUUCUCACAAAUGAAAACUCUCAAGUAGGUACUUGAUCAUCCACUAGCUCUUGUCUUAACUGGUAAAAAAGAAAGAAGAAGAAGACAACUAUUGAAAUGGGUCAUUGCAUUUCAUCCCUUUCCUCUUCCUCUUCAUCCAAAACAGGUCUCCAUAGUCAUGCCUCUACGAACAACCACAGUAAUGGAACAGAGUUCUCAUCGUCAACGACCACCACCCUUGCUACGACAAACAGCAGCGUCGGGCUGAGAAGCCAAUUCUCCGAGGCUGCUAGCGAAUAUUCCGGCGGGAUUAUUGGUGAUUCUGGUCUAAUAUUGGAAUCACCAGCUCUCAGAGUCUACAGCUUCCAGGAUCUAACGACGGCGACCAAGAACUUCAGAUCAGAUUCUAUGUUGGGUCAAGGAGGUUUUGGUAAAGUUUACAGAGGUUGGAUCGACACCAAGACUCUUGCUCCUUCUAAAGCCGGUUCCGGUAUGAUCGCCGCCGUCAAAAGAUUGAACUCCGAGAGUGUUCAAGGAUUUGCAGAGUGGCGAUCAGAAGUUAACUUCUUGGGGAUGCUUUCACACCCAAAUCUGGUGAAGUUAUUAGGAUACUGUCGUGAAGACAAGGAGCUUCUGCUUGUCUACGAGUUCAUGCCCAAAGGAAGCCUUGAGAGCCAUCUUUUUCGACGAAACGAGCCAUUUCCUUGGGACCUAAGGAUCAAGAUUGUGCUCGGUGCAGCUCGCGGCCUUGCGUUUCUACACGGCUUACAAAGAGAAGUCAUAUAUAGAGACUUCAAAGCCUCCAAUAUACUUCUCGACUCGAAUUUUGAUGCAAAGCUUUCAGAUUUCGGUUUAGCAAAGUUUGGGCCAUCACAAGAGAAGUCACACGUUACGACUAGGAUCAUGGGCACGUUUGGUUACGCUGCUCCUGAAUAUAUGGCAACAGGCCAUUUAUACGUUAAGAGUGACGUAUAUGCCUUUGGCGUAGUACUACUAGAAGUAAUGACCGGAGAAAGGGCAUACAACCCAAAACGGCCCAAGGGACAAGAGAAUCUAGUUGAAUGGUUAAGACCAGAGCUCUUAAGAAAACACAGAGUGAAACAUAUAAUGGACCAAGGAAUCAAAGGUCAAUACUCAUCCAAAGUUGUAGCAGAAAUGGGGCGCAUCACACUCUCUUGUGUCUCGCCAGACCCGAAAAACCGACCGCACAUGAAGGAAGUAGUCGACGUACUUGAACGCAUCCAAUGCAUUAACGUUGUCACAGACUGUUCUUCGACUAAACCGACUGUUUCUAGCUCUUCUCGUUCCUCGCCACGUCACUAUCAGUAUGGCUAUAGAGCUGGUGCCCCGGGGGUUGAACGGAGGAGACCGGCGGCUAGAACUUGAUGUUAUUUUUUCAACAAUAUAUAUGAUAUGGUUUUAGAGUCCUUUUGGUUAUAUUUAAAAAUGGGAGUAUUUAUGAUUAGUUUUGCAACAAUAUUCUCGAAGUGCUUUGUGUAGAAUAGUGUAUUCUUGUGUUUUUUGUGUGACAUACUAGAGUUGCUCCACCGUUGCAAAUAUGCAAGUAUGUGAAAUUUGAUCAAAUAUAUACUGUAUUUCUUACUACA